GCUCUUCUUUUUCUCCCCUGCACCGAACAAAGCCCCCAAAGCUGCCAACAGCCCUCCCUUGAAGAAAGAUCGAUAAGACUUGGUGAUUUCUCCUUUCUUUUCUUGCUCAAUAACAAGUUUUAGGACUUAGAACUCUCUCUCUCAACCCAGAAAUUCCAGAUCUGCUCGGUUUCUCCCCUCCCUUGUCUGCGAGCUGCAGCUUGUGGGUGCGAAAUUCUGGGCUUUUUCGAAUUUUUCCUUCCAUGCCGCCGGCCUUCCCCCAAAUUGCAGCUCCAACCUUGCUUGCUGGAUUCUGUGGGAGGUUUAUAACACUGGCCAUGACCUAUAGAGGAGACGUCUAUUCCUUUUCCGUACUCGUACCUGUUUUUCGUGAUUAGACUUGUUGGCGUGCUAUAAGCUUAAUUAAGGGCUAUCCAUAUUUACUUACUGAGUUAUCUCAUAGUUUUUCCUUGUCCACCAUUUCAGGAAGCGAAGUCAAGGACGGGGAAAAACAAGGGGAGUGACGAGUUAAGAGGCUAGCCAUCUUGUAAAUUUGACAUAGAUUUUAGAUGUAGUCCAUGCUCUUGUAAGCUAGACUUUAUUUGGAGAUUUUAUGAUAUUAGAGCAAUUUUAAGAUUUUUAUGUUCAGAUUUUGUGGUAUCAGAUAUUAGUAUGAUAAGUUCCGAGCCUUGUGCAUUUGUGGGACCCUCUCACAAGUGUACGGCGUCUGCCACGUUCUUGGAUUUGGGUUCUGUUAAUUUGUUGACAUAUAAAACAAAAAAAGCUGAAUCUCUUUUCAUCUAUAUAUAGUUUACCAUUUCCACAUAAACCUUGUCACACAAUUGUCACACCUCAGAACCCAAAUUCGGAGACAUGGCAGACGCCUUGCACUCGUGAGAGAGUCCCACAAAUGCACAAAGCUCGGAACUUAUCAUACCACAAUCUGAUACCACCAGAAUCUAAAGAUAAAGUUAUAAAAUUUGCUCUGAUAUCAUAAAAUCUCCGAAUAACGUCUAGCUUGCAAGAUCAUGAUUUAUAUCUAAAAUUUCAUAUCCAAUUACAAUAGCUAGCCUUUUAACUCGUCACUCCCUUUGUUUUUCCCCGUCCUUGACUUUGCUUCCUAAAAUGGUGGACAAGAAAAAACUAUGAGAUAA